GUCAUCUUAUAGUAUAAUUACCGUUAUUAAGAUAUCAAGUUUUCAUUCCAAUAUCCACAUUACAGUUUCUAAUAUAUCAGUUUUAUUACAUUGGUUGAAAAGGGAUAUAAUUUUUUCGAGAUUUAUCUCUGUGAUUUUGCAGUUUUAUGUAAUAUCUCUAAGUAAAAGAGAAAUGGACGAGGCAGAUAUUGAUCGGGCUUCUAAAAGAGCCAACAUUAUUGAACAAAGGAUAUAUGAAAUGAGAAUUAACUCUAUGAAUUUACUCAAAUAUUCGGCGGCGAUUGAACUCGGAAAGUCUCAAACACAAAUGAAGAAAAGGUUGAGAAAAUACCGAGACAAACAACGUCAAAUAUUUCGCGGCCGCGAAGGUUACCAAAAUGACCCAAUCGACGAAUUAAUUGUCGGACAAUACAUACAAACGCCAAGAAGCAAGCCAAGCGGACGCUCAGCUGUUAGCCGGGCGGUGUCAUCUGGGAGAACUUCACGUCGUAAGAAACACACUACCAAAGAUGGCGGCUGCGAGAGUGAUUCAGAAUCGGAUAUUGAAGCAGACAGUUUGUUUAUGAUUGAUCAGCAGAGGAGUAAAAUUGAUCUCAGACCAAAAACAGCAAUGGAGAUUAUGAGGAAAGGGACAAGUUUAGAAUCUUAUAUACAUGACGGUCGACUAGGAUCUCAAACGAGGCAAGUAAAAUAUUUUGAUGAAGAUGAACUGAAAGAAAGAGAGCAAAUCUACAAAUAUUUAGUGGAAAGAAGAAUUAAUUUUGAGAAAAAUAUUAGAGAACAACUUGAUGAAAAAGUUGCGAGGUUUUGUGGUAAUAAUACAGUACAGACAAUGCUGAAGAAAGUACCCUCAAAGGUGAAAAUGUUUUCGAAAUGAUCAGAAAGAGAUAAAAUAGCCUACACCGGCAUCUCUUAAAGAACCAAAAUGGUUUAAAAAAAAACAAUAAAUUUACUCGUGAGGAGCUAUAUGAAAUUUAUUUUAUAAUUUA